CUGCUUCUCAGGCGAGGCCAUGCUCCGGGGAUCCAGGAAGUCACCCGGGUCCUCCUCCCUGGGGCCCAGCGGAUCGCGCCCCCUGCGGGGGGCUCUGCCCUGCUCUCCCAGGCGUGGAGGCUGCCCCCGGGAUCUGUUCUCGGCAGCCCUCGCUAACUCAGCGUCACCUGGGCGGCGGGGUGCACGGCCGCCGGGCCCGCCCGGUGAACUGCGCGGCUGCGAGUCCCCGCCCUCGCUGCGCAGCGGGCAGAGGUCCGGGCGGGCGUUUGCGCCGCAGCCGAGCGGGAGACGGAGCGCAGAAUGACAGCCAUCGCGGUGCAGGUAGCCCAGAGGCUGUUGAGCCAGAGGAGGCCCCGCCGGUCCUUCUUUGAGUCCUUCAUCAGGACCCUUAUCAUCGUGUGUAGUGCCCUGGCCGUGGUCCUCUCUUCCAUCUCCAUCUGCGAUGGGUAUUGGCUUCUGGAUGAGGACCGCCUCUUUGGGCUAUGGCACUUCUGCACCAUCACCAACCAGAGCAAGCCACACUGCCUCCGAGACCUGAGCCAGACCCACGUGCCUGGGCUCGCGGUGGGCAUGGGCCUGGCCCGCAGUGUGGGUGCCAUGGCUGUGGUGGCCGCCAUCUUUGGCCUGGAGCUUCUCAUGGUAUCCCAGGUGUGUGAGAACAUCUACUCUCGGCGCAAGUGGGCCAUCGGUUCCUGCCUCCUCCUGGUCUCCUUCAUCCUCUCCUCUGUGGGACUCCUGAGUUUUGUGAUCCUCCUCAGGAAUCGGGUCACACUCAUCGGCUUCACCUUGAUGUUUUGGUGUGAAUUUACCGCCUCGUUCCUCUUCUUCCUGAAUGCUGUCAGUGGCCUUCAUAUCAACAGCAUUACCCAGCCCUGGAACCAACUAGGGGAAUUCUAGGGCCCUCUCUGGAGACCUCUGUUUCUACAAGAAAGUGUGAGCAAGAUGAGACUUUUCCAACAUGUGACUUUUGAUGGGAAUGGGGUGGUACUAUGACCUUGAAGCUGCUGCCUUUUAGCCAGUAAGCUCUGGGUUGUCUGCCAGAAAUGGCCUGGGGUCCUCUACAACUGGUGGCCAGGGGCAGAAGACAGGAGUGUGCCUCUGUACCAGCAGCUGCACAGGUUUGGCUAAGCUAUUAGGGUGUUGAUUUCAAAAGAAAGAAAGUAUUACCACUCUCUCCUUGAGUUUCUUCUCUGGAUUGGGAUCAAUUUAGAAGUAAAUCCUGUAACUCGUCCGUAGGCUGGCUAUUGAGAUAAGUACUGUUCACACCUAUUUUAUUGACUGUGUACAGCGGGUCUUUGGGGCUCCUGAAGUUGCUAAGAAUGGAUCUGGAUUGUUUUUCUAUGUUAAGGGACCGGUCGGUACCUAGCAUUUUUUUCUACCAGCUUAAGGAAUCUUUGCACACAUUUCCCUGACUCUUGCAGAAAUCUUUUAGAAUGUCUUACAUAUAAUAGGUUUUCAAACCAUUUGACUUGAUUUCUCCCCUGCCCUUUUGGGGUAUUUCACAAACCCCAGGUACCCCAGCUUCUAGCAGUGGGCUGUCUGUUGGGGCCCUGGCUGUCAGAGCAUUUCCUUGAGCAGGGGCCCUCCAAGGGGCACCCUGCUUACUUCCAACACGAUCCCCUCGGAGGCCAGUGUGCAUGUGUGCCAGUUUGAGAGUGUAGCUUUUAUAAGAUCAUUUGGCCUCGGGGCACCAUUUUUGAUCCUAGAACCAUUUUAAAAAGCACAUAGUUGGACCUGAUGGACUCCUCAGGGGGUGCAAGUCCUUGGGUAAUGAUUAACUAUCAUCCUGGGGAUGAGUGGAGACCAAGGGGGUUAAGAACCAGUGGAGAUUUCCAUCCUUGUGGGCAGAUCUGCAUUUUCAUCACCUUGUCUCCUGUCUAGUAGUUUCUCUGCCUAGAAAAGGUGAAGAUUUUGACCAUUUUAUUCUAACACCCCAACUGGUAAAUUCUGGCUUCCACUUACUACACAGGGCUUUGGUCUCUGCCCUAUCCUUGUCAUUGCAGGUCCCUUCUUGUGCUGGGCAUCUGUAUCUACCUACCUUUAUGGUGAUUCUUACUAUUUUUCUUUCCUUGAGAUGAGGUCUCCCUCUGUUGCCCAGGCUUGUCUUGAACUCCUGGGCUCAAGUGACCCUCUCAUCUCAUCCUCGUCAAGUUUAGGUAUGUGCCACCUUGUCUAGCUCCUCUAUGGUGAUUUUUAAAAAAUCUUUAUUCCAAGAUGCAGAGUCACAAGGGUAUGAAUGCAAGGUCAAACCAGGAUGUAGGGAGCCCAUGGAGAUCACCUGAAACGUUUGCUGCUAUUGCUGCUGUUGUUUAUGGUGCUGGGGACCAACCAGGACAUGCUAAGCAUGUGCUCUACCAUUAAGCCUCAUCCCUAGCCCCACCUGAGAGUUUCUGUGGGCUGCUUGGAUUUGCAGAAAGCAGAGCUCAUCACCCACACGGGCGGGAACUCACCUGGGAAGCGGGAAUCUGCGGCAGUCUGUAAGGUGCAAGAGGACACCCACCUUGUCUGCAGGGAAAAGAGGAAUAAAGUGGAGCUGCCCACCCUCCA